AUGGUAGAAUUUAAUUAUAAAUUGAAGAAAAAUAAUAUGCAAGGAACUACCGAAAAUACUGCAUCUUUUAUUGAAAUUGGCAAAUUGAAUAAUAGUGCCAGUCAGGAGGAAAUAAAAAAUGAAUACGAAGAACAGAUAUCACUUUAUAAAAAUCCAUUCAUUUAUUUCACUAAUUCGGCUAAUGAAAGGGAAGAAGACAAUGAAAAUUACGAAGUUGAGGAUCACGAAUUUUCACUGAUUAAAUACAUUCCGACGGCAUCUCCACUGAUUGUUGCACAACAUGAACAGCGAAAGGAACUUUUAGCUAAAUUAAAUGUAUUACAUAGCGAAUCAAACGUAUUGACGAUAAAAAAUAAAUUCCUUCACAGGGAGUAUGGUAAACUGAUACGUAAAUCGCCCUCUUGGAAUAACGUAUUCGAUCUAUUUGAGGAAUCUUUGAUUUUCGAAGAUAUUCGAUACCAACAGGCAUUAAAUAUUUACGGACAAAUUAAAAAUGAAAUCGACCAAAACAAAGCGUCUUUAUCAACAAAAUUAGAAAAUCUGAGAGCGGAUUACAGUCUAAGCGAAACAAAUUAUAAUAAAAAUCUUGCGAUUCUCAUGACCAAAGAGGCGACGAUAGGUAAGAAAAUUGUACCUCGUAAAUGGAGCAAACAAGCCUGGCAUGUUAAAGUCGAUCAAAUGAUUGAGAAUCAGCAACGUCAAAUGAUCAAUGUUGCUAAAAUCCGACUUGUUUAUAUACAACUCCAUUAUAAAUUAGAGCAAGCUUUAUUGAAACUGCGAGAGCUCGAUAAUUUUAGUCCUAGAUUUUCAAUGAUGGAUUAUGAAAUUCUAUUGAAGAAAAAGGAGAUUAAUAAUGACAAGCGCAAUGAGCAGUACGAGAGUAUCAUAAAGACUAGCAUUAACAAUCUGUUCUGCACAGCGACUAUUAAACACGUUGAUGAAGAAUUGAAUUUAUUUAAUGAAAAGGUUAAAAAUGAAUAUGACAAUUUAAAAGCUAUAUCACAAGACAAUGAGAUUAAGCAUUAUAAAAUUAUUGAAAUGGUAAAGAAAAGGAGAACGACAUUAAAACAUAUUACGCAGCUGAGAGAAAAUGCUGGUCUUAUAGAGAAUACCUUUUUAUUGAAAAAAAUGCAACUUGAUUUAUUAGAAAUUACCAAGUUACAAAAUGAAGCGAACGACAUACAAUCGAAAAUUCUUCGUGAUCAGGAAGCAGUAAUGUCUCGAAUUUAUUAA